CGUUAAUAUUAGCGGCAGUGCCACCAUUUUACUUUUCCUUUCUCUUUCUUGUAAUUAAUUAAUUAAUUCAUUGACUCCAAUCUUUCAAUGGCUUCUUGCGUCUCCUAAAGGCAGCCCAAACAAAACAAAACAAAGCGAUAGCCAGCCUGCUUCUCUCUCCAAUCUUAGAAUCCCACCCCAUUUUAUUCCACAGCCCCAUGGCCCGACGAGCCAUUCCCUUACUCAAACAACUCUUCACCUCUCCAUCUUCUAAUCUCACACCCAUCCGAUCCGUCACCUACAUGCCACGCCCGGGCGACGGUGCGCCCAGAGCCGUUACCUUGAUCCAGGGUGACGGCAUCGGCCCUCUUGUCACGGGCGCCGUCGAGCAAGUGAUGGAGGCGAUGCACGCGCCUGUGUAUUUCGAGCGAUACGAGGUUCAUGGCGACAUGAACCGCGUGCCUCAAGAAGUGAUCGACUCCAUUAAGAAGAAUAAAGUUUGUUUGAAAGGAGGAUUGGCGACGCCUAUGGGAGGAGGUGUCAGCUCCCUCAACGUCCAGCUGAGAAGAGAGCUCGAUUUAUACGCUUCGCUCGUCAAUUGCUUCAAUUUGCCUGGCUUGCCUACAAGGCACGCGAAUGUCGAUAUUGUGGUGAUUAGAGAGAACACCGAAGGCGAAUACUCUGGCCUCGAACACGAGGUCGUCCCUGGAGUCGUCGAGAGCCUUAAGGUGAUAACGAAGUUCUGCUCCGAGCGAAUUGCAAAAUAUGCGUUCGAAUAUGCUUAUUUAAACAAUAGAAAGAAAGUGACUGCUGUGCAUAAAGCCAACAUCAUGAAGCUUGCUGAUGGGUUGUUCUUGGAAUCAUGUCGAGAGGUUGCUACCAAGUACCCAGGGAUUAAGUACAGUGAAAUAAUUGUGGACAACUGCUGUAUGCAGCUUGUUUCAAAGCCUGAGCAGUUUGAUGUCAUGGUGACACCCAAUCUUUAUGGCAAUUUAGUUGCAAAUACAGCUGCUGGUAUUGCUGGAGGCACUGGAGUUAUGCCUGGAGGCAAUGUUGGGGCUGAUCAUGCUGUUUUCGAGCAAGGGGCUUCUGCAGGAAAUGUGGGCAAUGAGAAACAGCUGAAACAGAAGAGAGCAAAUCCAGUGGCCUUGCUUCUGUCAUCUGCUAUGAUGUUGAGACAUCUGCAAUUUCCCUCAUUUGCUGAUCGAUUGGAAACUGCUGUGAAACGGGUUAUAUUAGAUGGCAAAUACCGUACAAAGGACCUUGGAGGAACCAGUACCACUCAAGAGGUUGUUGAUGCAGUCAUAGCCACUUUAGACUGAGUAAGAAGACAAUUGAGUAGUCAGUGCUUUAUAUUGAAAAUCUAGCCAUCUAUUGUGGGAAUUCCCCACGCAAAUUCUUCAUUUUGAGCUUGGAUCAGUUGUUGUUGAUUUUAUUCUUAUUCACAAUAGAAAUUAUUAUGUCUAAAUAAUCUCAAAUCCCAAAUGAAAGAUGGAAUGGUUUUUUGAGGUAAAACCUUGUUAUGUAAACAAACUCCAUUCUUGCUGCUGUGACAAUCCUAACAUUGUACUGUUUGGAGAUUUUGUAGUCCUCUGCUUUCCAGACAAAUGUAGUUAAAUAAUUUAUGUAAAAGCUCGAAUAAAACAUUUUAGUUUUCAUGGUUGUGCGGA